AUGGGGCGCGGAAAACGGUGGCAGAGCGCGUGCGUUGCGUGUCUUAUCGGUGCUCUGCUGGUAUCGUGCCAUGUGGUCGUGCCGUACGCGGCCGCCCAAGCAGCGACAGUUGAAGCCCUACCAUCAUCCGUCCUGUCAACCGUUACGGUUACCCCAACGUACGGUCAAAGUAACGCGUCGCAGCCAGCGGCCGCAGCGAAGCCAACGGCCGAACCCGCAGACUCGGCGGGUGAUAGUUACACCUCACAGGGAAGCGUCUACUCCGACGAAGAUUUCUCCACCAGCUCACAGGAAAAGGAGGAAGGCAGCCUCGAGGAUGCAGAAGAGCACGAUCAACGAUCGCGACCGGAUACGCCGGAUGUCGCCCAGCAUUCCCUCAGCGAAGCCAUUGUCCAAACGGAAAGUUCGUUACUGGAAGGAAGCAACCAUCCGGAGCCGGAAACGUUCUCGCGUGACCCGACCACGACCAGCACGAGCGCAACAACGACGACCGGAAGCAGUGAAUCGUCCAGCUGCGCCGAUCGUCCCUUCAUAGAUGCGACACAAGCUAACUAUCAGCCCCGGAAGUACCCGCAGCCUUCUACUAGGGCACUUCGGGCGCGUAGAACCGACCCAUCCGCCCACGGCCAGCCUCAAAGUCUACGGAGUGGUGCGGGUCCGCAGGCGAACCAUUCGGACGGUGAAGACGACAGUGAGGCGAUUGAGUUUUAUGCCGCCCUGUACGGCUAUCGAGUGUUCCGGACGGGCGGCGAUCUGAUGCUGACACUCAUCGUCGAAACGGAUGACUUCGGGGCCACCCUGUUCGCGAUCGAUCGCAUCAAUGAAGUGCGGCUGGCGGCCGGAGGUGAUGUGACCGUGGGACUCAACAUCAUCCACCUGCUAAACACGUCACUCGUCCAGCGAGUUCUCCAGCAGGAGGUGAACUACCUGAAGGAAUGCUCCACCAACACGAUCGGUAUCUUCGUCAGCCCACAUCUGUGGCCCACGGUUCGGCUACUCUCCGAGACGCUCGACUACAACAUCUUCCCCCUGCCGGGCACACACGACCUGCUCUUCACCAAGGCUGCCCAUCUGCUGUACGAGCUACCGUGGACGAACCCGAACUCGUCCGCGAUGGUCCAUGCCGGCUCGAACGAGCUAACGGGCAAGUUCAGCACCAUCUGUCGCCAUGAGCAUCUCUGCCUGGAAAGCCAACCCAGUGCCGCAACGAUCUACAUCCUGCUGGGGCUGGAACCAUCGAUCAGCUUCGCUACCAACGGCACGCUGGUGCUGGUGAUGCUCGGCAAGGAGUCGUUAUUUGUCCCCGAUCUUCCUGAUGGUGCGUUCGUUAUAGCCGAGAGUGAUAUAAAUGUGGCCAGCUUGGGCCUUUCCUGGGAACGCUAUGGAACGGCACUGCGCGGAACGGAUAUACUUGCCAUUGGCGGUUUGCUGCUGGAGGUGGUCGAUUUAAUCAAACGUACCGGUAAUGAAUGCCGGAACGCAAGCAUCGAGUGUAUGAACAACUGGAAAUAUCACGCAAAACGCUCGUCCACGGAGGUGCUGUCCGAGCUGCGGCUCACAAAUGCCUCCCAGUGGAUGACGUUCGAGCUGCGGCAAAAAAUCGUGCCACCUUCACGUGCCUCCGAUCGGGCACAGGCGACUGCCGUCGAUGAGAUGAUGGAUCAUUUGAAGCUGAUCGCCAGCUCGAAUGUGAUCACUAACAAUACCACCGUGUAUCAGCCGGGUGUUGCCUCGGAUGCACCAUCCAAAUUGGGAGCCAUUUUUUAUUGCGCGAAAGAGAUUGAAAUCCGUCACCCGGAUUACAUCGAACGGCAUCAUCACCAUCGACCACCGGGGUACUACGGUGGCAGCGAGGGUCCCGGCGAGUACGGCGAGAUGUACUGGCAGAUUAAGAUGGAAGCAUGGGUUGCGGCCGGACUGACCGUCUCAUCGCUCGGUAUUCUACUGUGCGCGGCCAUACUGAUCUUUCUGAUAGUACGCGUCUGCAUGGACGACAUCCUCGAAGGACACCCGCUCGGUAGCAUUCUGCUGCUCGUGAGCCUGAUCGUACAGUUUGCCGCGUUCAUCCCGUUCAGCAUGGAGUACACGGGCUACACGACCGACUUUACCGGGCACCGGUUGGACACGAUGCACAUCUGGAACACGCACUGUACGGUGAAAAUCUUUCUCGUGUCCAUGUGCUACUGCAUGACGUUUUCCUUGCUGCUGUGUCGCGCAAUCAUGCUGGCCUCGAUCGGUAGCGAGGGAGGCUUUCUGUCGCACAUCAACGGCUACAUCCAGAGCGUCAUCUGCGGUUUCAGCACGCUCGUGCAGCUCGGCCUCUCGAGCCAGCUAGUACUGGUGCUGCACGCACACGCACACAGCAUCUCCUGCGGGGAAAUCUACUAUGGCCACUGGUUCUGGGCGGUGAUUGCGUACGAUGGGAUUCUGCUCGUUGCACUCAUCUUUCUCGCGCCGUUCAUCUUCCGCUCGCAGCGCAACUAUCGCGAGGGUUUGCUGCUGGUGACGGGGUCGGUUCUCUGCUUGGUCAUAUGGACCGUUUGGAUACCGCUGUGUAUGUUCGGGUACGAGUGGCGCGAAGCUGCCAUAUCGCUCGGCUUAGUCGCCACGGCGCUGGCCGUUUUGGUCGGCAUAAUGAUACCGCGGUGCUUCCUGAUGGUACGGAGUAUUGCCCGAUCCGAUCUGGUGCAGGCGCUCCCAUCGCUCACCUCGUUGGCCUUUGCUCAGGCGAAUCAGUUCAUUUCGGACCAAAGUGUGUACGAAUGCGUCAACCCUGCGAUGCGCCAACGAUCUCCCACGGACGACAAUUUCGUCAUGGACCAGGACCUGGACGAGGCGUACUCGGCUAACAGUGAAAUUCCGACGCUCCCGCUCCGCGGCCAACGACGGCUUCGGCAGGAAAAUGGAACCAUUACCAUGAGCACCAGCAAUGGAACAUUAGGGCCGGGAAACAUGCUCGCACCACCAAACGGGGGCCCCAACAUUACCCACAUUGCACCCAACUUUUACGGUAUUUCCAAUCCGUACAAUUGCUCCGAUUCGCUCACGUCAAUCUCGCCCAAUAAAAUCACACGUUUCUAGACGGCACGAGGCCACCUUACUAUGGCCACUAUGGUGAACACCUUGCGGUGGGUUCCCCGUUGCUAUCAACAGCCAUUCUAGUCAUAUGGAAUCGGAUACUCUUUUUUCACGCCAACAUUGCACCCGGAAUAGAAAAGGAAAACCAAUGGCGUUUCCGUGUGUCGUGGAAAACCAAUGGCGUUUCUCUCUGUGUGAGUUUCGUUUACUUUUACAUCACGUGACAGACAAUGUUUCUUUUAGUUUUGAGCGAAUAUUUCUUACAUUUUUAUCAAACUAGAUGUAGAAUAAUAGUAUUUAUUAUGAAAAACAAUGAAUGAAAAUAGAUACACGUGCU